AUGUCUUUACCUUUCCGAGUAACCGGUUUGCGGAGAACUGCAUACGAGGCCGCAUAUGUAACCACGAGCACGACUAAGCUAGACUUUAUUCCUUUAUUAAAAAGAUUUUUUAACCUUUUAUUAAGUAAACUAAGCAUAAACCUUAAUAAUACUUUUAAGCACAGCUAG